AUGUCUGUCCCUCGCUCUAGAAUUCUAGACCUUGUGAAGGCCCAAUGUCGGAUUUUCUCCCACACCUACAACCCAGAGCAACAACGACUUGGGAAUAAAGUUUUACGUCAGCGAUUACGAGGGCCCGCACUGGCGGCGUAUUACCCGCAAAGGAUAGGCACUCUGAAGGAAUUGGAAGAUGCCUACGAUGCUCUUGGGCUCCGGUUUGUGGAUUACCCGGAAGGGAAGCGGCUGGCUGUCAUAGAGAAACUCCAAAGCCGUGGGAAGGGAGCCCCUAAGAAGAGACGCACUGCAGCAGAGUCGAGAUCGGCCAAGAGACGGUAG